ACCUUCCGUGGGCUGAUGGCCAAGCCACUGGGCACUGUGCCACCGCGCACCCAGCCCCAGCUCGGGGGGUCCCCGCCGGGCAUAGAAUUCCGCCGCCCACGGCAGGAGCAGCCCCAGCCCCCCCGGCUCCCUCCCAGUUGCCGCUCGCCCUCCCCGCAGAGCCAGGCCUGGCAGAGCCGUGACUCAUCAGCCUCCGGCCGCUCGCAGGCAGCAGCGCUGGCUGGCGGCCCCGACGCGGCCCUGGAAGCCGGAGCGCAGCCGUGCCCACAGGAUGCCCACCCGGCCGAGGGCAUGGAGCGGAGCAGCCCUCCUUGCAGCCCUGUGCUCCACGGCACAGCUGGGACAGGUCCUGGGGAGGCCACCCUUAUGGCCGGCAUCGCGGUGCCAAGCCCCGCUCCCACCAGGGAGCCUGGCGUAGACGGUGCCCAGUCUGCGCUGGAGGGCCCUGAGACAUUGAUGUCUGCAGAGGCGGCUGCCGAGAGCAGCGCGUGCCCCACCAGUGACGCGGAACGCACCCCAGACAAAACCUUCUCCAGCAGCAGCUUCCCUGGUGGCGAUGAUGGCAGCGAUGAGGACACGGCAGAGCUGACUUCAGGAGUCUUCACCGACUUCUCCGGGGAUUACGUGGAGCGGGCAGACAUGGCGCCGGCAUUCAAGUCCUUGCAGAAGCAGGUGGGGACACCGGACUCCCUGGAGUCGCUGGACAUCCCCUCUACUGCCAGUUCCUGCGAGGUGUUCAGCCCCACCGCCUUCACAUCUGCCGGGCAGCCCAAGGCUGUGGACAGCGGCUACGACACAGAGAACAAUGAGUCUCCUGAGUUCGUCCUCAAGGAGCCCCACGAGCCCCGUGAGCCCGAGGCCUUUGGCCAGAUAGGGAAACCACCCCUGGGGCUGCCGGGAGGGGACGGGGACAACCCGGCCCCCGAAACGCGGCUCUCAGCAUCCUUCAGUACUGAGCUGCAUGGCCUCUCCGAGAAGAACCCCUACCGUGACUCUGCCUACUUCUCCGACUACGACACCGAGGCUGAGCGAGGCCCCAAGGAUGAGGAGGACAGCGAUGGCUCUGAGACCCCGGAGGCAGAGAAGGAGGGACCCCAGCCCCACACGCAGGACAUGGCACAAGCCCCCGAGUUGGGGGAGGAUGCACUGCACCCCCCUGGAGCACCUGGCAGUCCCCUAGCAGCCCCCAGCACAGUGCUGGCAACCAAAGCACUGGACGUGGGGGUCUCUGUGGGGGACUGGCAGGGAGCAGAGACUGGUUGUCCCACUGUGCAGGAGCAUGGCACUGAAUUCCCAGCACGAAGCACUUCCCCGUGCCCCGAUGGUGAUGUGCUGGGAGACUCUGUGCCAACCAAGACUUUCUCCUUGUCCCCAGUGCCAGACAGUGAGGAGCCAGUGCCGGGCGAAGGGACCCAUGAGGCUGAGAGCAUCCCUGGACUGGGUGAACAUGUGGCUGGGGGUGAACAGACUAUGCCUCCUGUGCCAGGGCUUGGGGCAGCGGGGCUGCCCCCAGAGGGCACCAGGUUGGGCAUCACGCCUGGAGGGGAUGCGCCCGGGGGUCCCAGCACGCUGCCAUCAGGGAAUGAGUCACCGAUGGGUAUCUCCUUGCUCCCAUCCACCUCUGAGCGCCGAGAGGAGCCCGAGGAGGAGGAGGAGGACACGGAGGACAGUGAUGAGUCGGACGAGGAGCUGCGCUGCUACAACAUCCAGGAGCAGAGCGAGGAGAGCGAGGAGGAGCCGGCCGCCGUCCCCAUUGUGGUGGCUGAGAGCCACAGUGGCAGGAACCUGCGCAGCCUGCUCAAGAUGCCCAGCCUGCUCUCCGAGGCCUUCUGUGAGGACCUGGAGCGCAAGAAGAAGGCCGUGUCCUUCUAUGACGAUGUCACCAUCUACCUCUUUGACCAGGAAAGCCCCACACGGGAGCUGGGCGAGCAGAGCUUCCCAGAUGUCCCUGAGCCCUUGGCGCAGCCCCCAGCCAGCAGCAGCCCCACCAGCCCUACCAGCCCCACGGAGAGGCUGAGCGCAUCAGAUGACUCCUCGGAUGGCAAUGCCUCAGAAGAGAGUGGAGGCUUUGAGUGGGACGAUGACUUUCCGCUCAUGCCGGUGAAGCCAUCCCUGAUGUCCUCUCUGACACCGGCAGAGCCUGACCCAGCCGUGCCCACGCUGGUGCCGACCCCAAAACAGGUGCUGCCCCUCCAGUUCUCCCGCUUCACAGUCUCUCCUGCCCCGGUGUCCCGGUUCUCCAUCACCCACGUCUCCGACUCAGACAUGGACUCCGUAGGAGGCAGCAGCGAAGACGGUGACCGGGAAUGAGCCAGAGUGCACCUCACCUGCCUGCGUCCUCAGCACGGUACUGGCACUGGCACCGAUACUGGCACUGGCACUGGCACUGGCACUGGCCAGCGACUGCAGAGGACAGGGGCAGCCAGAGCCUGGUGUGGCUCCAGGCACCGUGCUCCGUUUUUUAGGCAGAUGUGGUUGGAAGGAAUUUGGGUGCUGCUGGCUGGAGCCGGGCACAGCCCAGGUGUGUGCCAGCGGUGCGUGUGCGAGUGGAUGGCUGCGUGUGUAUAAAUAGACAUAUAUAUAUAUAUAGACAUAUAUAU